AUGAGCUCCCCAUGUACCAAGAGCACUACAAUGCUCUCUUCUCCAUGGACUUUGUGGAGACCAAGUACCCACAUGAUGACACAUGAGAGGCCUUGGAUCUUUGAGGAUGUGGAGUUGGUCUCAAGAACAUGCAUUGGCCAAGUUCUUCUCUUACCGCAUGGAGUCUACAAGGAGCUCACUUGCAGCUUGGAGAUCUUUUGGGUUCACUAUGGAGAAGGUAACCAAGUGGAACUCAAGGAAGAAGAACUCCAAAGGGUUUGGGCUACAAUCGCUGAUGGAGGUACUCUUCCUCAAGGUCCAAGGCAGCUCAGAUCAGGAGCCCAGUGCUUGAGAUAUGUCACAAGGCUCUUGCCAACACCUUCUUUGCAAGGAAAGCCACUGGGACAAUCAAUGAGGGAGAAGUGA